CUUUCUUACCAACCACACGCCUCAGACACACUUCUCAGAGUUCUCUUCUAUUAUUGUGUCUAUCUCUUGUCUAUCUCCUGUAUCUAUCCCUUGCCCUUCACUGCCCACUAAUAACAACUUCUCUAUCCCCAUUUAAUUUGUUCAACACGUGACAUUGACCAAAACUAUCAGAUUUUGAGAUACACUAAUAAUCUGUACCCAUUAACUACUACUACUAUUACCACUACUACUACUACUACUACUGUUUAACUCAUUGACGCUCUACCAGUCUUCAAGGAAAGGUCAUAAGGUCACCACUAUGCCGUACAAGUUGGUGGGCAGGACAACGCUCUUCAAAGGGAAAAGGUUAUGGGAAAUUAUUGGUAACCUGAAGAAUUUUGGUGAAGGUCGCAUGGUGGUGAGGAGCACAUUUGAGAAGUACCCUGAGCCAACCUUCUACAGGAUUGUGCUGGCCCGCCCCGAGAUGGACACCGGCCGCCCACACAUGGAUGAGGACAACAUGAAGGGGGACCUGCUGGUGGAGAAAGUGUUCCGCGGCGUGCACUAUGGCGUCAUCAACAUGUCCCGGGUGGCGUACAAACCGGACUACAGACUGAUACACAAACACGAGGAGGCGCGCUACAUUGACGCCUUCAGGAAUUACAAGUCGAAGGAUGUGGAAAUUGUGUCGCCUGUGAUGGAUAUGCCUCCUCUUUUGAAGCUGGUGGCCGAGAGGGACGGACACGCAGAGAGGGACCUUAAAGUGAAGCUCGGCAAAAAGAUCAAGGGUUGCCGAGUGGCGGAGGAGGGGGAGGUGCCCACUAAGAAGUUUUCAAUUGGUUUAGGGACGCCGGCGAGCCCUGAGCUUUACGAAGGGGUGAUUUAAGGGCCAAUUUUAGUUUUGUUGAAUAUUAUGAUGUGUAUAUAUAUUUUUUUUGUAUCUUGGCUGUAGAGAAGUGAAUAAAGUUUUGUGUGAUUC